ACGACGGCGUAUGAAUAGAGGUAAAUAUAAUUAGGAAAGAAGCAAGGAAAAAGGAGUGAGUCUCUGGUUUUGGGUUUGGUGCAUGGCCAUGAUUUUGGGGCGAAACUGCUGAUUAGCUUUAGAUUAGAUUGGAUUGGAUUAGGGUUUUCAAAAUUGAAAUCGAGAGUUCCGUUUUCAGAUUUCCUGCUAAUCAAUUAUCACAGACACCAUCACCAUUCACCACCAAACCAAGAUGUAAUCUCAAGGAACGAUCUUGCUUUGUUUUGCUUUCUAGGGUUUCAUUUCAACACAAUAUCAUGAAGAUGAAGGGACUGUUGGAUCGAACCAAAGUGGUCCUUCGCCACUUGCCUCCUUCCAUUUCCAAGACCGCUCUCCUCGACCAAGUCGACUCUGUCUUUGCUGGUCGCUACAAUUGGCUCUCUUUCCGUCCUUCCAACAACAGCCAGAAGCAUUCAUUUUCUAGAGCGUACAUUGACUUCAAAAGGCCAGAAGAUGUUAUUGAAUUUGCCGAAUUUUUUGAGGGACAUGUGUUUGUUAAUGAGAAGGGAUUACAGUUUAAAACUAUUGUUGAGUAUGCACCUUCACAACGUGUUCCCAAACUAUGGUCGAGAAAGGAUGGACGUGAAGGAACUAUAAACGAAGAUCCUGAAUAUCUGGACUUUCUUGAACUUCUUGCAAAGCCUUCCGAGAAUCUUCCCAGUGCGGAAAUACAGUUGGAGAGAAGAGAAGCGGAAAGAGCUGUUUUAGGUGUUGGAAAAGACAUUCCUAUUAUAACGCCGCUGAUGGACUUUGUUCGUCAAAAAAGAGCUGCAAAGGGUGGAUCUCGGAGGCCACUGCCUAAUGGAAAAUUAAGCCGAAAAAAUACCGGAUCAUCAGCCAGAAGUUCUAAUUCAGCAUUAUCAAAGCGAGGAUCUGAUAGAAGAAGGAAUGCAACUACUAUGUAUGUUUUGAGAGAUUCUGCGAAAAAUACAACUAUGAAAGACAAGUCAAAAUAUGUUCUUGCGGCUAAGCGGGAGAAUCAGCUGCUCUCUGACAAGUCCACUUUGUCUUCUACUGUUGGAGCUGAAGUGUCAGAGGAAAGUGGGAAAAAGAAAGUUCUUCUUGUGAAUGGAAAAGAAAGGGGGAUAUCUCAUAACCAGCGUCAUGAAAGCAAUGGAGGAAGGGUUAUCAAAAGCAUACUUCAAAACAAGAAUGCCCUUCCAAAUCGUUCUUCUGGAGCUCACUGUGAGCUGCAAAUGCAGGCUCUAAAUGUGGAGGACAGACGCCAUUCUCGACCUCAACAAGGUCAAUUGGUUUUGAAGGAUGCUAAUGGUGCUUCAGACUGUAAGUUUGUUGGGAGUGACGUGCAAGGCUUUUGUGGUGAAAAACAUGAGAAACGAACAAGGAAUAAGGAUAGACCUGAUCGUGGUGUAUGGGCUCCUCGUAAUAAUUCUGAAGGAGCUUCUCUAAAUGCUCAGUCCUUGUCAUCAGCACAACCUCCACGGGCCUUAGAUUCUAUAGAAGGAGGUCAUGGGAAUAUGAAAGUGGAAACAACCAAUGUAAGGAGCAAAGACAUCAAAAUCCUUCGGAGUGGAAGUGGCAGCCAUUCGGCUUUAGAUAAUGGCUUUCACAAACAUGUUGGCCGUCGUGGAUCAACAAAUAGUGUAAAGGACGAUUCAAAGAGAGUUGGUUCCUCUGGUUAUGGUUCGCAGGAGAAACAAGUAUGGGUUCAGAAGUCUAGUUUGGGUUCUUAGUGUUUUUGACUUGUCAGAUGAUGAGGAGUUGUAAACAAGUGAGUUUGAUGAUAUGUUAAUCUCAAAUGGAGAGGACAGGAGAAUCCAAUCCAAUCUGAAUUGAUUCAGAGUUCAGAUGCGGGGGUUUGGUGUAAUUAAAAGAAUGCAUGGAUGCAGCGAGCGAGUUGAGGUGGUAUCGGUGUUAAUUGGUGAAGGACAAAGAAAAGAAGUAUAGAGAAAGAAAGAAGAGGCGGGCAGGCAAGAAACAAGACUGCUUGCUGGUUUUGGAUAAUUCAUAAUUAUAGUAGUAGUAUUUGGAGUAGUAGUAGUUGAGGUGUUUUAAAUGAUGAAUGUUGUUGCUCUACUUUUAUAUAUACAAACAAGAAAGAAGGGGUUGGAGUUGGGUGGGUGUAAAGGUGUAAAUAUAUAAAAAGGAAAGAGCAGUAGAAGACUGACGAAAUGCCUCCAUCCAAUCCAUAUUUGCUUGGCCACUUUUGGGAAUUUCUAUAGUUAGCAAUAUAUCUAAUCUAUCUAUCUGUCUGUCUUUUUUUCUUUUCAUAUAGUCAAUUGGUGGUGGAGUGGAGUGAAUUUUUUUGAUUUUGAUUUUGGUGAAAGGACAUUAGUUUGACUUUGUGCUGUAACACCUUUGACCUUUAUAUAUAUAUAUAUGCUAGUUAGUAAUAUUCGUAGCA